UCCACCCCUGACACCAUGACCCACUGUUGCUCCCCUUGCUGCCAGCCUACGUGCUGCAGGACCACCUGCUGGCAGCCUACCACUGUGACCACCUGCAGCAGCACACCCUGCUGCCAGCCCUCCUGCUGUGUGUCCAGCUGCUGCCAGCCUUGCUGCCGCCCAGCUUGCUGUCAAAACACCUGCUGCCAGCCCACCUGUGUGACCAGCUGCUGCCAGCCUUCCUGCUGCAGCACACCCUGCUGCCAGCCCACCUGCUGUGGGUCCAGCUGCUGUGGCCAAACCAGCUGUGGGUCCAGCUGCUGCCAGCCCAGCUCCUGUGCACCUGUCUACUGCAGGAGAACCUGCUACCACCCCACAUGUGUCUGCCUGCCUGGUUGCCUAAACCAGAGCUGUGGUUCCAGCUGCUGCCAGCCCUGCUGCCGCCCAGCCUGCUGUGAGACCACCUGCUGCAGGACCACUUGCUUCCAGCCCACCUGUGUGAGCAGUUGCUGCCAGCCUGUUUGCUGCUGAUCAGUUCCACAGA